AUGGGUUGCGGAAUGAGCACCGAGGAUAAGGAGGGCAAGCAGCGUAAUGAAGAGAUUGAGAACCAGCUCAAGCGCGAUAAGAUGAUGCAGCGCAAUGAGAUCAAGAUGUUGCUUCUGGGCGCCGGAGAGUCUGGCAAGUCAACCAUUCUCAAGCAGAUGAAGCUCAUCCACGAGGGUGGCUACUCCCGGGAUGAACGCGAAUCUUUCAAGGAAAUCAUCUUCAGCAACACUGUUCAGUCGAUGCGCGUCAUCUUGGAAGCAAUGGAAUCCCUCGAGCUUCCUCUCGAGGAUCCUCGUACCGAAUACCAUGUUCAGACCAUCUUUAUGCAGCCCGCUCAGAUUGAAGGUGACAGUCUGCCGCCGGAGGUCGGCAACGCCAUCGAGGCGCUCUGGAAGGAUGCAGGCGUGCAAGAGUGCUUUAAGCGUUCGCGCGAGUACCAGCUUAACGACUCGGCCAAAUACUACUUUGACUCCAUCAGCCGCAUCGCCCAACCUGACUACCUCCCGAGCGACCAGGAUGUCCUCCGAUCCCGUGUCAAGACCACUGGUAUCACCGAGACGACCUUCAUCAUUGGCGACCUUACCUACCGUAUGUUCGAUGUCGGCGGUCAGCGAUCUGAGCGUAAAAAGUGGAUCCACUGCUUCGAAAAUGUCACCACGAUCCUUUUCCUCGUCGCCAUCUCCGAGUACGAUCAGUUGCUGUUUGAAGAUGAGACUGUCAACCGUAUGCAAGAGGCCUUGACCCUCUUUGAUUCCAUCUGCAACUCGCGCUGGUUUGUGAAAACGUCCAUUAUCCUCUUCUUGAACAAGAUCGACCGCUUCAAGGAGAAGCUGCCCGUCAGCCCCAUGAAGAAUUACUUCCCCGACUAUGAAGGUGGCCCGGAUUACGCUGCGGCUUGUGAUUAUAUCCUCAACCGUUUUGUCUCGCUCAACCAGCAUGAGACUAAGCAGAUCUACACUCACUUUACCUGCGCCACGGACACGACUCAGAUUCGCUUUGUCAUGGCUGCAGUCAACGAUAUAAUCAUCCAAGAAAACCUGCGGUUAUGCGGUCUCAUGUAA